UAUACACUCACAUAUGCACUUGUGUCACAAAUGGUUGCUAGGUAUUAAUACGAAAGAAUAGCCUAACUAAACUUGUCAAAAUGAUCAUAAAUUCUAGCAUCAAAUAAUGAUUAAAACGACGAGUUUACCAAGAUAUUUGUUAUUAAGUUGAAAGAAAGGAAGACUGUUAUAAAGGUGUGCGGUUUGGUUUCUGUAUAGAGAACAAUCCUGUUUCGUAAAACAUGAAUAUUUUACCAAAGAAAAGGUGGCAUGUUCGUACUAAGGAAAAUAUUGCUCGCGUCCGACGAGAUGAAGCGAAAGCUGCGGAAGAGGAAAAAAUUAAGAAAGAACGAAUUGAAAAAGCUGAGACUGAAGCUAGGAUCAAUUAUUUGAGAGACAAAGCGAGAUCAAAAUACGAUGGAAGAACAAAGACAGAGGAUAACGAAACAAAUGUAUCAUCCUCAUCUACAUGGGAUCAUGUCAAUUUCUUUGCUGAACUUGAAGAAGGAAAACUUGACCACCACAGACCUAAUGCAGAACAUGAAAAGGAGAAGAAAGAAGAGAAAGAAAAAUAUGAAAAACAGAUAGGAUAUCUUACAUACCUUGGACAAGAUACCAAUGAGGCCACAGGUAAAAAGAACUGGUAUGAGGAAUUACCAGAAAGAUUAAGGGAUACAGAAAAGGAUAUAGAAGUACAAGUUAAGAAAAAGGCACUUGCCGAUCCUAUUCAUGAUAUCAAAAAGUAUUUAAGCAUUAUGGGAAGUAGUACCAGUGAAAAAUCAUUAAAAAUUAAGUCAGAAACUGCAGUCAAACGAAAGAGGGAGAAUUCAGAUGACAGUGAUUCCGAUCAUAGAAAAUCUGUUAAAAGACACAAACAUAAGAAAUCAAAAAAGCAUAAGAAAGAAAAAUAUAAGAUUAAUGAAAAAGAAGCAACAGAAACACGAACUAUGGAUAUUCAGAAAUUGCGAGCAGAGCGAUUGUUAAGAGAACAGAGUGAGAAAUUAAGAACGGAAGCAUUGUUGGCUAAAUUAAGAGGGGAACCAGUUCCAGCAGUAGUUUCCGAAACUCCUCCUAAACCUACUAUUAAACAAAAAUACAAUUCACAAUUUUUCCCUGAAAUUGCUAGACAAAAUGCUGAAAGAACUCCCAAUGUACAUUCAGUAAAAUAAUAAAAUGUGUAACACUCA